CUAAUUUAAUUUUCGAAGUCGAAGGGCAUGUUUACGUUGAGUUUGAGUUGUAUUUAUUAUUUCACCCCAAUUUUGUAAAUCGUUUUCAAUGGACGAAUUAAAAGGACCUACUAUCCAAAUAGUACUUCAUGUAAAAGAAGGACUUGGAUUUGGUUUUUUGAGGGUUCCCUUCAUUGUCAGUGGAUCUUUAAAUGGAUACAUGCUGGAGACAGACCCGGUUGUGCCCAGCCAUGCACCUAGUUUCGACGCCGAACUUGUAUGGGAAGCCGAUAAACGAAGAUUUCGAAGCUUACGAGUCCAGAACGUCCCUAUCAAAGUGGAAGUGUUUACAAUGGGAACUCAGGGCCGGAAGGAUAAAGUGGGUUACCUGCUGCUGAGUCUUCUUGGAGCGCAGCCCUGUCCUGCCAGCAAAAUUGUUGAUGUGCGGCACUCAUGGCACCGACUGCUAGGAGUGAAGUCGGAGGGCAAGUGCUGCCACCCGCAGCUCAUGCUCAGCCUGUCGGUUGAAGACCGUGUCAACACAAUCACUCCAAGGAAUGAACUCCGCAUGUUCCACAGCAACGACGUCGCUUACCCAACUGCUUACAACACGGUGAACCCUACUGCUGGGCUCUUACUGACACUUAACGAAUACAUAGCAGAAAGCAAGAAGACAGUAUCGAGCCCCGACCUGCAGCCUAACCUGCUAUGCGACGAGGGGCUCAUACAGAUCGGCGAUGGGAAGCAUCUAUUCGUCCUUAGUUUCGUCAUUGGCUCUGUCGAGAACAUUGAUAUGCUUAUACCUGACUAUGCUUCUAGAAAAGAUGCGACAGAUUGCUAUGUUUCGUACACCGUCUUCACGCAUACCAUAACAACAGAUAGAGUAAGUGUGACGGUGACGGGCUCAGGAGCAGCGGCGUUAUUCAACCAACGAACAUCGCUACGUUUACGGGCAGACCUGUCCACGCUCGCGCGAUACUUCACCGAGUGCCCGAGUCUGGUCACCACCGUGCGAGCUUCGGACCGUGACGUCGGUAUCUGCAGCAUGGACCUCCGCAAGCUAGUCCCCACUGACAACAUCGAGCACUUCGUCAACAACUUCUGCAACGAGCCGCAAGCGCUCUCCAUCCACGAGCGUUGCUUCAUACUGCGCACCGACGGCCAACGGGACGGCGACCGGAAACCUUACGUAGACGUCGAUAUGAGCCUUAAAUACAUCGGGAUGCAAACGGAACCUACGAAACCACUAGUACUAUCUGCGCGUAGCGCUGUCCAGCUGGACAUCCGAGCGCCUACUGAGGUACUGCGAAAAGAAAGCAUUCUGAACAUCAAAAGCAGCGGCAGUUGUACCAACUUGGAAGAUGUGGGCGGCGUGGCGUACACCAACAACACUGCGGGUAAUACGUCCAGAUAUAAAGACGCAUCAGGCACCGCCAUCCUCCAAACGAACGAAAUAACGGAACUCAUACGAAAGAUGUGCGAUUCCUUCGCGCUAAGCCAAGAGAAACUACUAGCGGCCAGAGAGAGACCGCUCACUAGUGACAUGCAAGUUCAGUGCGAGACAGAGAUAGAUAAGGGAGACAAGGACAGCGUGCGGGAAGGGAGCGUGGGAGACAAGGAUAGCGUAGGAGAGAAAGAGAACACGCCUAUCAAACUAGAGAUGAGUAAGAGUGACACCUGCAUAAGAAACGAUAAAGACAUGGUGAAACGGGUGAUACCUUACGAGGAGCGAGACAACAUCAUGCAGAAGUUUGUGGACGAGCUGGAAGACUGGAAGGAGAAGCAACAGGAGCUGUAUAAGCUACAGCUGCAACGCAAAGAAGAAUACCACCUCGAGCUCCUCUCACGCGAAUGGUCUAAAAAGCGGUCCGAGCUAGAAUCCAAACUGAGUCGCGGCAUCGAGCAGUGUCGCCAUCUAGCGGCAGACUUGUCGCGCGCUACCGAUGACUUUCGGCUCAAGGGAUACAGGAACACGGAGAGGGAGAAAAAGCUUCUAGACGCAAAGAAGGCUCUAGAAACGCACUACACGGCAAAGUACCAGGAACUCAGAGAGGCCUCGCAGAAAAUGGAAGACGAUAUGAACCACCGGCUCAAGCUUAAAGACAUGCGCAUUGAAGAGCUGGAAGCGAAGGUGUUGCAGUUGGAACGACAGCUUGAGACUAUGAAGAUAAAUGUCAAGAAUAUUGAAAAGGAGUCUGAGAGCAAAUAUUCUGGCUUAACCAAAGACCAAACUGCAAGCCUUAUACAGGAGUUGCGUUGCCUAGAAGAGAAGUUGGACAGCGCGGUGCAGUCGAAAGCGUUCUUCAAGGAGCAGUGGGGGCGCGCCGUGCGCGAGCUGCACCUCAACAAGCUGCACACGCGGCGCCAGAUGCUCACGCAGCUGCGCCAGGACCGCCGCCAGCUCGGACAGAUGGGGUUAGAUACCAUUCAAGACCAAGAUGAAAAAGCGGAGCAGGUGGACAUGAAACGCCUAAAAGACGAUUUCUACGUCGACAUACUCGCCAACAUGCCCGUCAUCGAAUCAAACUCCAUCAUAAGCACCAACGGGCCAGAAUUGGACAUGUUUGAUGAAAUGAAAAGCGCACCAAAGAACCCCUCAAACGAGAGGCUCUCAGAGUUGAUCGCGGAACGAGACCGACUCGUGGAGCACGACAGUCCUGAUGAAGAUCGCCUGCAGCACCUCAACCAGGAGAUCAGAACUAUAUUACUCAACUGUGGCACAUGCUAGCAUUCCUUAUAAUUGUAGACUCUGUAGAAUAAUGGCUCGAAAUUUUUAGCUUAUGAAUUCUUCGCCAAAAUGCUGCUCUAUAACAAUUUCAAGAAAUACUCUGCAGGAUCUAAAUCGAAAAACAGAGUUUCAUAAAUUCAGGCUUCGAAUUUAACGUUUAUUAAAUUUGUUACCAUUUAAUAUUUCCUUUCAAAGAAAGUGAUAAAAUUGUAAUGGGCUUCAUAGAAGUGGUGCUUGCACAUGGCGCAUGUAUCUAGAACAACACGAGCUAGAUAAGCUUGUUAGAGCCUAUUUACACGGCUUGCGGAGUCGCAUGCAGUUUUAGGUAUUGCGGACUGUUGAGGUUACAUACAAUUUAGCUCACCAAUGUACUCAAAUUCGCGUGCGAGUUCUCAUACUGUGGGAAUGGCCCCUUACCUACGGCCUGGCCACGACAUUGGUCUGGUGACAGCGCGAGCAGAGGCCAUAGCUUAGUGCGAACCAAAGAGUAUCGAGUAUUAUAGAGAGUUACUGUCGAAGUAAAAUGUGUAAUUACAGUGCAUAGACUGCCAUCUUAGACACAGGCUUAAAACUUUUGAACCUCAGUUUUGACAAUUUGGCCCAUAUUCUUAGC